AUGUCGACGGCAUUCCGAUCGAUGUCCAACCCGCAUGUCCAUUUGCACACGCCGCCGCCGUUUGUGGCUGGCUAUCCCAUGGUGCCUGCCGCACCGACCGCGACACCCGAGCAAGGCGGGGAUGGGGUGAGGACAUUUGCGGGCAACGGGCCCAAGCGGAAGAAGAAGAAGAGCAAGCGCGAGGCCAUGCCGGCGGCGGUGCACUCGUCGGAUGUGGGGACGCUGAGAUCGGCACUGCGGUCAGAGGUCAGGAUCCGCCGCGAGCUACAAAGCAAGAUGGUCGAGGUGCAGGCCAAGAUUGCGCGGCUGUGGGACUCGCUCCCGGUCGACGUCCACGCCUCGUUUGAGGCUUCGGCGACGCAGUACGAUCUUGGGCUCAAGAACGCGUGCACCUUUAUUGCGGCGGCAGUCGGUAUCCAGUUCCUUGUCAACGGCAUUGUGCCGACGGCGCAAGCGUGGGAUCUGUUGCUGCGGCUCGGCGGGCAGGCGUAUACCUUGGGGCCAACACGGGCGGCGUCACUCACUGAGGCGCUCCCGUCGGUGCUGCGGGUCCUCAACGUGGCCCCGACCCAGCUUGCGCUGUAUCCGGAUUGGCGGACGUUCCUCUAUGACAUCACCCCGGGCUACCCGCCUCCGCUGUUGGAGGCGCUCAUCGGCCCGCACUCUGCUCUGCUGGAGAGCAAGUAUGACCUCAAGGCGGCGCUGAUGCCGGAUCUGAUGCACCUGAUGCCGCCGCUGGCGCUCAUCCUCACUGGGCACAACGAGACGUACUCGGUCUUGGUCAGCGCGGACCUCAAGGUUCACUUUCGCGACUCGCACGUCACCAGCCAGCACGACUUUGGCGACCUGCACAUGUUCUUUGCCUGGCUCGAGGCCAACGAGAACAUCCUCGAGCCCGGCGACACGCCCGACGACGACGAGUCGGAGCCCGACGACGAAAUGAUCAUGCAUCUCGGACUGCACAACCAGGUUGCCGUCCAUCUGCUGCUCCCGCAGCACGCGACAUGA